CCCCCCCAGAACAGACGCCUCCUUGCUGGAUGUGAGCCUCAGACACUCCUCCACUCCCCACACACUCGACAGCGCAACUUCGGCUGGAGGAGCACCAUCGUCACCACCAUCACUGCUUAACCUUGUUUGCUUGAAACUUUUAAAAACUCAAGGAGAUAGAAACUAAUAAUAAUAAUAAUAAUAAUGGCUGUCACGGGCUGCUCUCAAUGUAUCAAAUACAUGCUCUUCUUCUUCAAUUUCGUUUUCUGGCUGGCUGGAGGCGUGAUUCUAGGUGUAGCCCUGUGGCUUCGCCAUGAUAAUCAGACAAGCACUCUUCUAAUGAUCCAGUUUGAGAACCAACAGGCGCCCAACACAUUCUACAUCAGUGUCUACAUUCUGAUUGCUGUUGGAGUCCUGAUGAUGUUUGUUGGCUUCCUUGGUUGCUACGGUGCCAUUCAAGAGUCUCAAUGUCUUCUAGGAACCUUCUUCACCUGUCUGGUCAUUCUGUUUGCCUGUGAGGUGGCUGCUGGCAUUUGGGGCUUCAUGAAUCGAGAGACGAUCUCUAAGGAGCUCAUUAACUUUUACGACUCCGCCUAUGUCAAAGGAGUGGACCCAGUGGACUCGCCCACCAAGCAGGCCGCAGUCAAGGUGCUGCAGCUCUUCCACAGCACGUUGGACUGCUGCGGGAAAGGGGACGAUGCUGCCCUGUUCACCCGUGGGGCGCUCUGCCCCGAUGCCAAGCCCGUGGACCCGCUAAUCUCCACGAGCUGCCAUAUGAAAUUGAAAGACCUGUUCACUGAGAAGCAGUAUGUGAUUGGUCUGGCUGCCCUGGUGAUUGCUGUCAUCAUGAUCUUUGAGAUGAUCUUCACCAUGGUGCUCUGCUGUGCCAUCCGAAAUACACCUGCCUACUGAACCAUAACAGGAAGCGAAAACAGCCAAUAGCACACCACUUCCAGUAUUUCCAGCCAAUGGCAGAACUGGCAACCCCUUUUGAAAAACUUGGGACAUUUACUCUGGUAACGCAAAGACGUCCAGCUUAAUGUUCUUUCGGAGGGCAUUCAGAUGCCUUGUAUUUACCAUCUGAUGAGUCAGAUUGUCAUCAUCAGAUGAUGGUGAUGGUGACAGAUCAUGAUGUUACUGACACACCUAUAAAACCUCUAUCAAGACUUCCACAGCUCUGCCUACCCUGUGUCCUUGCCUAGUGCUCACACCUACUCUUUUUUAUGGGUGUUGAGACUGUGAUGUAUUUAACUGCUUUAUGACAGGUAAAUAACACGACUGUCUGCCAUAGGUCAAUUUUUUUAUAAUUUUAAUAGUUGUUGACAUUUUCAAAGUCAAAGUAGCCAGUCUGACCGAGUGGAAGAGAUUGUCGUUUAGCUACAGGAGUUCAUACUGUAGAUUCAUGUCUUUUCUAAUUGUUUACUUUUGUUUGGCUUUGUUUGUUUGUUUGUUUUUCCCUAACUGUCUUGAAGCCAGUGUAGAUUAUGACCGGUCCGAAGGAAAUGCUCUCAGGGGUGUUUACACACAUGGAGACCCCACGUCUCCCUGUGGUUUUACUCUCAUUGUGAUAUUAAUGUUAUAACAAAGGUAUUUCUAUUUCAUAAUUACUUUGGUGGCCAUUUAUUCUAAAGAUCAGCUCAUUCAAUCUGUUUUUAGUUCUUCUCAUUUUAAUUUCUUUAACAGUGACAAUAAAGGAUCUGUUUUUAACAA